AUGGGGUGUGAGUGGAGAUUGCAUGCAUCUAAGCUAGCUGAUGGGGUGUCUUGGGCUAUUAAGAGUAUUACCAACUCUGAGCACACAUGCAGUGGGUUGGAUGUUAAAAAUUUAAUGGUGAGUUGUGCAUGGGUUGUGAGGGUGCUUCUUGAAGAUGUGAGAGCAAAUAAUGACAUUACUGCAAAGUUAUUGAACACUCUUCUUUUUCAAAGGUUUGGUGUGCAAAUGGCAACAAGCACACUGUAUAGAGUGAGGCAACAUGCUUUGUCUCAGAUUCAUGGGUCACAUGAUGAGUCAUAUGCCCAUCUUCCAAAGUAUUGUGAAGUCAUAAAGCUGACAAACAGUGGAUCAGCUGCUUUUGCUACAUGGAAAGAAUUACCAGACCAACCUGAGAGGCCUUUGGUGUUCAAAAGUAUCUUCAUCAGUUUUAGUGGUGUACUUAAUGGGUUAAGGGGUUGUAGGGCCUUGAUAGGAGUUGAUGGGGCACACCUCAAAGGAAAUUAUGGUGGUGUCUUGCUCUCUGCUGUUGCACUUGAUGGGAACAAUGAGCUAUUCCUAUUUGCUUGGGGAAUAGUCACUACUGAAGAUGGUGACAGCUGGUCCUUUUUUGUUUGGCAUUUAAAGAAUUCCUUAGCUUCACUUGGAAGGGGAGACAAUUGGUGCAUCAUUUCUGAAAGGCAAAAGGGUAUUGAUAUUUCUUUGACUGAUGUAUGGCCAGAAGUUGACAGAAGGUAUUGCUGCAAGCACCUUGCAGUCAAUUGGAAGAAGUCAUUUCCAGGGCCUUUGAUGUUCUCUUUGUUUAGGAAAGCAUGCAAAGUUAAUCCAGCUGGCAGGGUUUGGCUUUCUAAAUUAGGAGAUCAAAAGAGGUGGAGUAAACACAAGUUCAAUACUGAACUGAAGUGUGAUGUCAAUGUCACCAAUUUUGUUGAAAGCUUCAAUGCCACACUAGGAUUGGACAGGAGCAGACCAGUUCUGACAUUACUUGAAAGUGUUAGAAGGAACACUAUGGUUAGAAUGGCAAAAAGGAGGCAGGUUUGUGAGACAUGGAAGAGGCAAGACAUAUGCCCACACAUAAUAAAGAGGAUACAUCAGCUUGUUCAUGAGAGUAGGACUUGCAUUGCAUACAUGAGUGUUGAAGGAGAGUAUGAGGUUCAAGAUGGCAAGUCUGUGCUCCCUGUAAACCUCAACAACCACACUUGCUUAUGCAAUGUGUGGCAGCUGACUGGAAUUCCAUGCAGGCAUGGUAUAAGAGCCAUCAUUAUAGCAAGGUUGGACCCCCACUCAUUUGUCAGCGACUUGUAUUUAGUCACCAAGUACAAGGAAGCUUACAGCUGUGGGAUUAAAUCCAUACCAGAUGUUGAACAAUGGCCACCCAUAGACAUGCCUCACAUUAAUCCACCACCCAUGAAAAGGGGCAUAGGGAGGCCUUCUAGAGUGAGGAAGAGAUCAGAUGAUGGAGAAAGGAAGGGCAAAAGGGCUAAGACAGUUAGGUGCAGCAACUAUAAAGCUUUUGGCCACAAUGCAGCUACUUGCAAAGGAGGUAUGUCAGCUAAGCAAAAGGCAAGCUAUGGUAAAGAGGGUAAGAAGAAGCAACAAGCACUACCAUCCUCUCAACCAGCAUUAGGGACAAGAUCAAGAUCAAGAUCUGCUGCAGCAAUUGCUACAUCACAGCCUUAA